UAACACACAUGACAAACAAAUUUAUAUAAUUUCAUAUAAUACUUUAUAUUCAAAGCAAAAUCUAUAAUAAUAAUGAUGAAUAGUAGUAGAAAAAUCAUCCUAGAACAUGAUGAUGGUGAAUUCUCAUCAAGCAACACAAGUAGUAGUACUCUUCUAGAUCCUGAGGAAUUCAGAAGACAAGGACAUAUGAUGGUUGAUUUUCUAGCGGACUACUUUCACAAUAUUCAAAAUUAUCCAGUUCGUAGUCAAGUUGAACCUGGUUAUCUUAAAAAAAUAUUACCAGAUUCAGCCCCGUAUCAACCCGAAUCAAUUGAAGAAAUACUGGAAGAUGUGAAAAGGAAUAUUUUUCCGGGGUUGACACAUUGGCAAAGUCCAAAUUUCUUUGCAUAUUUUCCUUGUAUUUCCAGUAGUGCUGGAAUUCUAGGUGAAAUGCUUAGUGUUGGUCUUAAUGUUGUUGGAUUUAGUUGGAUUACAUCACCAGCAGCUACUGAGCUAGAGAAUAUUGUAAUGGAUUGGCUUGGAAAAUUGAUUAAUCUACCUAACACAUACCUUUUCUCUGGUGGUGGUGGAGGUGUUAUACAAGGUACAAUUUGUGAAGCUAUGUUGUGCACUAUUGUUGCUGCAAGAGAUCAAAUGUUGGAAAAAAUUGGAAGAGACAACAUUGGAAAACUAGUAGUUUAUUCAUCUGAUCAAACUCAUUCAUGUUUCCAAAAAUCUAUCAAGAUAUCUGGGAUUAGAUUAGAAAAUUUUCGCGCUAUCCCAACAACAAAGGCUACUGAGUUUGCCCUAUGUCCAAAAUCAUUACGUGAAGCUAUUCAAAAAGAUAUAAAAGUUGGAUUAGUACCCUUGUUCUUGUGUGCAACUAUUGGAACUACUUCAACAACCACUGUUGAUCCAUUACAUCCACUUUGUCAAAUCGCUAAAGAAUAUGGAAUUUGGGUACAUGUUGAUGCAGCGUAUGCAGGAAGUGCAUGCAUUUGCCCAGAAUUUCAACAUUUUCUUAAUGGUGUCGAAAAUGCAGAUUCUUUUAGUCUAAAUGCACACAAAUGGUUAUUUUGUACAUUGGAUUGUUGUUGUCUUUGGGUGAAAGAUCCAAAUUCACUCACAAAAGCCUUAUCAACUACACCUGAAUACUUGAGAAACAAAGCUAGUGAAUCCCAACAGGUGGUAGAUUACAAAAAUUGGCAAAUUACUUUAAGUAGGAGGUUUAGAGCAUUGAAGUUAUGGUUUGUGUUACGAUGUCAUGGUGUAGUCAACAUUAAAAAAUUCAUAAGAAGUCAUAUCAAAAUGGCUAAGAAUUUUGAAGGACUUAUAUCAAUGGAUGAAAGGUUUGAAAUUGUGGUCCCUACAAAUUUUUCUAUGGUGUGUUUUAGGGUUUCACCUUCGGCAUUGCAAAAAAAGUUUGAAUUUGUUGAUGAAGUGAGAGUGAACGAGUUCAAUGAGAAGUUAUUGGAAUCAAUUAAUUCAAGUGGUGUUAUUCAUAUGACUCAUACAAUAGUUGGAGGAAUUUACAUGAUCCGUUUUGCAAUUGGUGCACCUCUCACACACUAUUCCCAUAUUACUAAUGCUUGGGAUGUGAUUCAAAACCAUGCAAAUGUUAUGCUAUAAGCUUUGCAUUUGUUGAAUAAUGUGAGCAUUAUUUUGAAAAAUAAGACAUGUUAAUGUUAUGCUAUAAGCUUUGCAUUUGUUGAAUAAUGUGAGCAUUAUUUUGAAAAAUAAGACAUGUUAACGGCAAUAGCUCAAUUGCCUUAAAGCAUGUAAAAUAUAUCAAAAUGAUUUUUAGCGGCAAUUAAUUAUCGUCAAUAGCUUAAUUGUCACUAAAUAUGUAUUUUUAGUGGCAAUUAGCAUUCUUUUUAUAUGUCCCUGAAGUCUUUAGCGGCAUAUUGGAUCUAAUUACACUUAACUAAUGUCGAUAAAUACUUUAACGCUCUUUAUUAAUGUGCUUAUUUGUUACCGCUAGAAGUUAUUUUUGUUGUAAUGACAGUACAUCGAUGAUAAUGUAAAAUUUCUCUUACAUUAUUGGUAUAUACUAAGUAUUUAU